AUGCUCCAGUAGAAGUUAGACAAUUUUUUUUUUCUUGAGCAAGAAUCUCCUGUCCCUUAGACCAAGAGAAAAAUGAUUCAUCUCAGAGGACAUCACUUGAUCUACCUCCUGGUACUUCUAACACUUUGGAUUGGAGAUGGCUGCCAGGCACAAAGGGCAGGUUGCAAAAAUGUCCACUAUGAUCUAGUCUUUAUCUUGGAUACUUCCUCCAGCGUGGGCAAAGAUGACUUUGAAAAAGUUCGGCAGUGGGUGGCCAACUUGGUAGAGACCUUUGAGAUUGGGCCAGACAGGACUCGGGUAGGUGUGGUUCGUUAUAGUGACCGUACCAUCACUGAGUUUGAACUUGGGAAGUAUUGGACUCAAGAAGAAGUCAAAACAGCUGCCCGGAACAUUGAUUAUCAUGGUGGCAAUACCAAUACUGGUGAUGCUCUUCGCUAUAUAACCACAUACAGCUUUUCCAAAGAGGCCGGUGGCAGACCAAGUGACAGGGUCAUUAAGAAGGUUGCUAUCCUCUUGACUGAUGGAAGGAGUCAAGAUAUUGUUUUGGAUGCAGCUACAGCUGCUCACAAUGCUGGAAUCAGGAUCUUUGCUGUUGGUGUUGGGGAAGCACUGAAGGAAGAGCUUGAUGAAAUUGCCUCUGAGCCUAAGUCAGCCCAUGUAUUCCAUGUCUCAGAUUUUAAUGCCAUUGACAAAAUCCGAGGGAAGUUGAGACGCCGCCUUUGUGAAAAUGUGCUGUGCCCCAGUGUACGUGUGGAAGGAGAUCGCUUUAAGCACACCAAUGGAGGAGCUAAUGAAAUCACAGGUUUUGACCUGAUGGAUUUAUUCAGUGUGAAGGACAUCUUGGGGAAGAAAGAAGGUGGUACUCAGAGUUCUUAUGUCCGAAUGGGAUCAUAUCCUGUGGUGCAAAGGACUGAGAUCCUUUGGAUGGCCUGUUAGACUACAGGAAGAUUUUGGGUUGAUGUCUUCAAGCAAUUUGAGUGUGAAAUCGUGUCCAAACUCUUUUUGUCAUAAUGACUUCUUUUGAAUAUAUAAUUCUUUCAA